UCGCCGUAUUAUAUUGUGUCAGUUUUAUAGAAUGCCCUACAGACCUGCAUGUUGAUUUCCAGGUAAAAGCCAUUAUAUUCGGUCUUUGCUUCUUCCAUGCCGUUCUACUUGAGCGAAAGAGGUUUGGGCCGCGGGGUUGGAACAUGAACUACCCAUUUUCGAUGGGCGACUUGCGAGAUUCCGCGAUGGUACUGUUGAAUUACAUGGAGCAGCAGCAAGGCGGCUCGAAGGUGCCUUGGGAUGACCUUAAGUACAUCUUUGGAGAAAUCAUGUACGGAGGACACAUCAUUGACCCCCGAGACAGGCUCGUCUGUAACACCUACCUCAACUUCUACAUGCAGGCAAGUUGCGCCUUCUCCUUCAUUGCCCCUUUCCCGUUCUACUUCACCAAUUUUUUCUAG